AUGUCCCCUCUAUCCCCUCUAUCACCCCUGGCCCGCUCUAUCCCCCAAUUUACCCUUGCAAAGCACCGCCUGGCAGCACACAGGCUGCUCGCAGGCAGCACGCAGGUGUCGCUGGUGGCGCACUCAGUAGGCGGGUGGUUGGCACGUCUCUACCUCGCGGAGUACGGCCGUGCUAACGUGGCGAUGCUGCUCUCCCUCGGAUCGCCACACCUCCCACCGCCCCAAGGGGCAGAGGGGGAGGUGGAUCAGACCAGGGUGGGGGGCGCAGUAGCACAGGCAACUGGUGGGCCAAACUCAGACUUCGAGAGUGAUAGAGAGAGUGGGGAGGGCAGCAGCAGUGUUUCAGUUGAAGAGAGUGAGGAGGCUGUUGCUGGUGGGCAGGUGCAGGUGGCAUCUGGGGGAGGUGAGUUCCAGGCGCGCAUGGUGGGGCAGAGGUACUAG